GGCGGCUUCAUUAUUUAAACUUGAAUUAAGAGGAGGGGAAAGUUUUUACGGUCGGGACAGGGUUGCCUAGCAGCUAGACAGGAGACUCCGGCUACUUCACUCUGCCUUUUUCCCCGAACUGUUUUAUCAGGGGAGCGCGGACAUUUCUUCCCUCAGUCAGUCAUUCAGCCAUUCAGUCAGUCAGUCUCCGUCUGCCUGCUUUUCGCCACUUUCUAAAAAGCAAACAUGCCCCAGACCGUAAUUCUAAAGGGAACCUCUCCGUGGGGAUUUCGGCUGAAGGGAGGACGGGAUUUCAGCACUCCGUUAACCAUCUCCAAGGUGACAGCUGGCAGCGAGGCGGCGCAGGUCGACCUGUGUCCAGGCGACAUCAUCCUUGCCAUUAACGGCUGCAGGACGGAGCACUUGACUCACAGCGAGGCUCUGAACCUGAUCAAAAGAUGCACUCACAAUCUCAGCCUCAGCAUCAGCAGGUCUGGAUCAGGAGACAGAGUGUGGUCGCCAACUUUUAGCGAUGAUGGCAAGACAAGUCCUUACACGGAGACGACUGAUUCACAGAAUUUCCGUCCCAUCAACAGUGGAUUCAGUGGUUACAGCCGUAAACCUUCGUACACUCCGGAGCCACAGUCCCCACCAGCGCCUCAACCCACUCACAUGAACAACGGUCACUCCAAACCAAAUGGCCACAGUUUUGGAUACACAACAACUGCAACUGGGCCCAACCAGUACAACAGCCCGACAGGACUGUAUGGGAGCAGCAACGGUGACAGACAUCUGCCCAGCAAGAUGGGUGGCCUCAGCCUCAGCGCCUCCCACAGCCCCGAGCCUCCCUUGCACUCCCCCGUGAGCCGUAAUGGUUUCGAUCCUCAGUCAGCCGUCUACAAGAUGUUGCAGGACUACGAAGAGCCAGUCUCUCAACCAAAACAGUCCGGAUCCUUCAAAUAUCUCCAGGAAAUUUUGGAGGCUGAAGAUGGAGGUGUGUCUCCCACAGAGAGAUUGAGAAACUUGAAGUCUCCAGUCAGAUCUCCCAUUCCUAAACUGGGGAGCCCCAUUCCCAGUCCCAUGUCUGGUCUACAGAAGCUGCCCCAGUGCACACGCUGCUGUAAUGGCAUUGUUGGAACCAUCGUGAAGGCCAGAGACAAACUCUACCACCCCGACUGCUUCGUGUGCGACGACUGCGGCUUGAACCUCAAGCACAAAGGCUACUUCUUCCUGGAGGACAACCUGUACUGCGAGACACAUGCAAAGGCGCGCGUCCAGCCACCAGAGGGCUACGAUGUCGUCGCCGUGUAUCCAAAUUCCAAGGUGGAGAUUGUGUGAGACAGACAUGGAGCUGGGAUUCCCACAGAGGAGUGGGCUGACUUAGGUUGAGCAGAAAUAUUGAUCCUGGAUCAGUUUGCCGUUGUAUGUUGCACUGAUCUGUUAUUAGCAUUUCUGAACACACAGACCUAAUAAAUGUAAAAGUAUGUUGACAUAGAAUUGACAAUAGGAUUCAGACCUGAAGGGUUUCCUGAAACUCCACCCUGAUGAACAAACCCACAAUUUUACAAAUCUGACAGUUUUCAUCUCGUAAAAGUGUUUAGACGAGGCGUAGGUUCAAAUCUCAUCAUCAAAACAGCAGAUUCCCAGACCAUUCCAUGGAAUCACCAGUAGGGUUUAUCACUAAUACAACUAAAGAAUGACGCGGAACCUUCCACUGUAGAACGCAAAACACACACAAUGUCUUUUAUGGUGAGGUGGCGUAUUGUUUGAGUUUCGGUUUGUGGGUUUUAACUUUUUUUUUUUGCGUCUUUUCGACUUUGUUCCCACUAUUACAUUAUACAUACAUUAUACCACAGCAGCUGAAGUAAUGCACAUGCUUUCCGGACUUUUCAGACAGUUUUGUGUUUGCUCUUUCUAUAACAACAGUAGCUUUUUGGUAGCAAUAAAAAAGUAGUUCAUUGGUCACUGAGCAGGUGAGGGUGGGUGUGGGGUUUAAACUAAAACUGACCUUGAGGUUGUUGUGUGGCUAGUAACUCUGGGAGGUGAGACUAAACACCUGACUGUGUGUUGACUGAUAUGGUUACGUCCAACAAUGGAAACAGAGUACGUUUGGUUCAGAAUGCAGAAUUUCAACGCUGAAGAAUUUGAGUCAGUUCGUAGCAAGCUGGUCCAGAGUUAGCGGCCGUUCAUUUAUCGUUGCUUUUGUGUAAAGCUGAAGGUUAGAAAGAUGUAAAGCUUCAAUCUCGUGCUGCCGUGACCUUCAUUUUUUCUGGCUGGGUUUAGAAGGGAAGACCCUGAUUUUUAUGGGUUUUUUUUCUCUGCAAAAAAAAAAAUCAUUACAACUGUAUUACAGCAUCAUCAUUUAUGGCUUGUUGUGAAUAGUGAGAUAUACUCGGUGCAGGUUUUUAUUUUUACCUUGACAAGAUAUUUUCUUAAGAAACUGAUAAAAUUCACAAUGAGAAGUUGUUUUUGUUUUUUCUUGUCCUUGUCAACAAUGUUGUAGCCACUGGUGCCACCUGAGCUGUAAAUCAUGUCCUCGCUGCCACGUUGUUCCCGUGUCAUUGUACAUUUGUUUUCACGGUGACUGCUUCAACACUUUCAUGUCACUCACACAUGCCUUUUUCUUUUUCGUAGCCUGUGUCUGUCAGUGAUUUUCCGACACAUGUUCUACGCUGUGUUUAAUUUAUUGUUCUGCCAACACACAAAUUUGUUCGUCUUGUUUGCCUUUUUUUGGAAUCUUAAUAAAAUGAGAAGCGUAUUACAA